GUUUCUAAUGAGCAGCCUGUGAGACAGCUGGACAAGACUGAGGAGGAGGCACCUCCAUCUACAUCAUCCAAUCCUGUGUUAGAACUGGAGCUCACAGAGGAGAAGCUGCCAAUGACACUUUCCCGACAGGAGGUGAUCAGACGUCUGAGGGAACGUGGCGAGCCCAUCCGUCUGUUUGGGGAAUCCGAUUACGAUGCUUUCCAGAGACUCCGGAAGAUUGAAAUUCUAGCACCAGAAGUAAACAAGGGUUUGAGGAAUGAUCUGAAGGCUGCCAUGGAUAAGAUCGAUCAGCAGUAUCUGAAUGAGAUUGUCGGUGGAGCAGAGGGUGCUGAACUGGACACACAACAUGAUCUCAAAGUGCAUGAAGAAAAUACCACCAUCGAGGAGCUAGAGUUCUUGCUAGGAGUGUGGGCUAAAGAUCUAAACAGCCGAGAGGACCAUGUGAAGCGUAGUGUCCAGGGCAAACUCGCCAGUGCUACCCAAAAACAGACUGAAUCUUAUUUGGAACCUCUGUUCAGAAAACUACGCAAGAAGAAUUUGCCAGCGGAUAUUAAGGAGUCCAUCACAGACAUCAUAAAGUUCAUGCUGGAGAGAGAAUAUGUUAAGGCAAAUGAUGCUUAUCUGCAAAUGGCUAUAGGAAAUGCUCCAUGGCCCAUCGGUGUGACUAUGGUGGGUAUCCACGCUCGUACUGGACGUGAGAAGAUCUUCUCCAAACACGUCGCCCAU